UGUGUCUCUUCCCUUCAUUUCUUGCAGGGGGACAAAAUGAUGGCAGGAAGGUUUGUGGGGAGCACAGAUCCCAUCAUGGAGAUGCUCAGCGCUUCCAUUACUGUUGAUCAGAGACUGUCUGAGGUGGACAUCCAGGGCAGCAUGGCUUAUGCCAAAGCCUUGGAGAAGGCUGGAAUCCUGUCCAAGACUGAGCUGGAGAAGAUCCUGAGUGGCCUGGAAAAGAUCUCUGAGGAAUGGUCCAAGGGAGUGUUUGCUGUGAUCCAGACUGAUGAGGACAUCCACACUGCCAACGAGCGCAGGCUGAAGGUUUGCUGUGGGUUCUGGGGCUGUGCUUUGCUCUGUGCUCACUCCCAGCCUCUCCUGUUCCCUCUGCAGUUGGCUGCAAUUCUGAUGGUCCUCAAAGGACUCCCGAGCACCUACAACAAGGACCUGCAGGAGGACAAGGAGGCUGUCUUUGAUGUCAUAGACACCCUGAAUGCUGUGCUCCAGGUUGCCACUGGAGUGAUUUCCACCCUCCAGAUCAACAAGGAGAACAUGGAGAAGGCACUGAGCCCUGAGAUCCUGUCAUCUGACCUGGCUCUCUACUUGGUUCACAAAGGAAUGCCCUUCAGACAAGCCCACAUUGCUGCUGGCAAGGCCGUCCACCUCGCCGAGACCAAGGGCCUCACCAUCAACAAUCUCAGCCUGGAGGACCUGAAGAGCAUCAGGCACAGGGACAUGGAAACAGUCACCAGGGAAAACAUUUUAAGUGUUUUGCCUGGCUGGUAA